UAAUAAAAAUCAGAAUUUACAUUCAUAUACACAUCCUUACUUAUUAGAGUACUUAAAGUUUUUCAACUUUAAUAAAAAUUUUGUUAAAAUUUGAAGAAAUGGCUGAUCCAAAAUUUGCUAAUUUACCAGGGAUUGCAUAUGACCAACCUGAUUUAUACGAAACACCCGAUGUACCUGAAAAUGAUACAGCGGAAUAUUACGAAGAAGAGCAGCCAAACGAUAGUAUUGAAAGAUUGCAUAUUUCUACAAAAGAUUCUGCCCAAAAAUUCCAAGGAAAAAAUCUUGUUGGCAAUGUAGAUUUUUCAGACAGUAUUAUUAAACGUCAUCGGAAGGGAUAUGAUGCUUGGACAAAUGAAUAUGCUCUAGUAGGUGAAGGUGAAAAAGAAACACCAAUACAAAAAUGUCGAAGAAUACAAUGUGAAAUUAAUGAAUUGCUAGAUGAAAUAACUGCGUUACAAAAUGAUAAACACGUUUCAAAAGACGAACAAGAAUCUUUUGAAGCUGUUGUUACUGUAAUAAAUACUUCGAAAAAAGUUUUGGACAGUUUACGAUUGGAACAAAUUUUGGGAAAAGAAGAACUCGCUCUUGAAGCUGACCAAGAAUUUAAAAGUUUGGUCGAGAAAAUAGAUGAAUAUAAAAAGAGUGGAAUUCUAACUGAAACUAAACUUCCUCCUAUGAGUUUAGCUGAAUCAACUCGAAUUGCACAAUUGGAAUACGAGCUGCACAAUCUUGAACAAUUAGUUGGUGCUAAACCGGAAACAAUAGCUCGUUUAAGUUCCACAUUUGGAACAACGAAUUUAAUUGAUAUUGUCCAACAAUUAACAACAAAAGCGGCUAUGUUACAACCAAAUCAAAUAGAUUUGAUCGAAGCUCGUCUAGGUAAUGUGUUAACAAAAUUGGAUACCGUAAAAGAGAAAACUGCUGCAACAAAUCAUGAUGUUCAAUUUGAUCAGAAAAUUUUAGAAUUAUAUGAUAUUGCUAAAGAAACUGAACCUAUAAUACAUGUUCUGCCUGAUAUUAUAGAAAGAAUGCAAUCUUUAGAAUCUUUACAUAAAUAUGCUACCAACUUUACUAAGAUAAUAGCUGAUUUAGAAGGAACUCAAAAUUUAAUUACGAAUGGCAUAGCACAUAAUAAGAUGUUACUACAAGGUGUUCAAUCAGGCCUUGCAGACAAUAUGGAAACUAUUAAUAAAGAAGUGAAGCGACUGGAACAACGAAUGGAUGCUAUAAAAAAAUGAAUGUUUUAGCCUUAAGCACACUUUUGAAAUAUUUUUUUUUUAUUAUUUAUUGCUUAAAAUACUUAUUCGCAGAUAAACAGAAAUACAUAAUAUAUUAACAAUAAA